GAGUCUGAUCACCUCGACUUUCCAGUUGGCGGCCCUCUUUCGACAAUCACUGUCUCCCUCGUCGUUCGACUCGAACAGCUUUCCUUUCAUCUCAUCAAAACACCCAGGCUUACCAUGGCCACUCAAACUCAUUACAACCUCCGAAAAAGGGCAGUACCCGUGACGCAAGUCUCUGCGGAGCCCGUGGCUAUACCAGGUGCGUAUACCGAAUCUAUCUCUGGGAAUACUAACCGUUCGGUCUCGACCCCAUUGACUCCUUUGGGGUCGCCUACCUCAUCGCCACGCGCGUCCUCCGAAGUGAUCCCUGGGCUGUUAUUCAGCCAGGUGGCUUCGCAUACUCCCUCACCUGAGCUACCUGCUCGCGAGGCGUAUCCCAUGCGAGGUAGCUCCUCCACGGCGGACAACCCUCCCCCUGUCUCAGGAGAGGAGGUGGUCAGUGAUGCCGAUAGUGCUCACUCGACCUGGACCGACGUCAAAGAAGAAGAAGAAGACGUCGGCAUCCCUUGGGUGCCAGUGUCAUACAAGCGUGGUCAUCAGCGCGCUCAGACAUCUGCCACCGAACCGAAUAGUGCACAGGUUCAGAACACCCAAAGCGGUUGCUCGGUGUUCACUGAAGCCCAGCUUAGGGCUAUGUCUGUGGCCGAGCAACAGCUCACGCCGCAAGAAGAAGACCUCGUCAGAAGACGAAUGCAGGUCGUUCACGAAAAUGGCAGGGCCCAUAGCCAUUUUCGUUCGCGCAGAGAAGGAACUUCAAAGCGCAAAGGUAAAACUGUUGACCCUCGUAAUUGGGGUGCGGUUAAUAUUCCCGAAGAGGAAUUGGAUCCUGAGACUCAGCAGCGGGAAUUUGACAUGUAUUCUAACACAUCUGGUACUACAAUACAUGGUAUGGCUUUCGAAGACCCUGAUUAUGACAUUGAUGAACAGCGUCGUAUGUUCACUUUCUGGAAGGCUCUUAGAGAGCAGGAAAGACAGGAGGAACUUUCCGUAGAAGCCUCACUUGCAACUAGUACUACUCAGGUUCCUUCUCGAGAAGGGCCUGUAACAGCUAGGGGCAUAGUCAUUAAUGAGCCUACUUCAGCUAAGGGCAAGACGCCUGUAGCUAGAGUAUCUAAGACUGUAGAAUCCCGUACGAUGGAGUCUCAUGCGCCUGAAAAGAAGUCUAAGUCUUCAUCACGCCCUGGUGAGGCAUUGGUGGAUGAAGUCAUGACUACCAAGCCCUGCCGGCCUGGUAAACGUUCCUCUGAUAAAAAGGAGAAGAAAUUAGCUAAGUCCUCUAAGGCGCGACAUGACAAUGAGCCUGCUGAAUCUAUCGAGGCUGAUUCUUCUGGUUCCGAGAGUGACUCUAAUUCUGGGUCGGGUUACAGCUCCGAAUCUUCGACUGGUUCCUCUGGGUCAUCUGGCACAUCCAGGUCCUCUGGAUCUUCAGGUUCUUCCAGCUCUUCUAGCUUGUCACCAAGCUCACCGAAUUCUGAUUCGAGCUCAACCUCUGGAAGUGGCUCUACCUCAUCCGGUCAUGCCGGUGGUAGUUCCUCGCACCAUCAUCAUAGCCAUCAAGCUCGCAGACGGAAACGACACUCUUCUCAUCGCCGUCGCGUGAGUUCCUCUGCUGGAAAUCGUCGCCGUUCACGGCGAGCCCAUUCGCGCUCCCGCUCGAGGCCUUUCCUAAAGCCAGAAAAGCCAACUCCCUAUGAUGGACAGCCUGAUCCUGAUAUUUAUCAUAAGUUUUUACGCCAGAUGACUGAUUAUUGCCGUGCUUACCGCAUGCAAAGAUCCGAGCUCCCCACCACUAUCUCCAACUUCUUGGAUGGGGAUGCUUACAACUUCUACGUGAAUACGCUGUCUCGCAGAUGCCGACAGCCAUGGUCCCUGCGAAAAAUAUUCUUGAAGCUGUUUAACUACUGUUUUCCUAUGGACUUUCAGCUUCAGAUGCACGCGAAGCUGCAAGCCUACGUUCAAGGCAGUGAGAAUGUACGUACCUAUGCACAUGGGCUUGAAAGCCUAUACCGCAUGGUUGGUCCAGCUCGUAAACGCGACCGAGUGAUGAAGCUAUGGGAAGGUUUCAAUAAGUCGAUCCAAUGUGGCUUAUGGAGAGCAAAACUGUCACCUCUCCGUAGCAGCUGGCGUCGUAUCCUGCGAGAGGCUGAGUACAUUGAGGCUUCUCGACAUGUUGGCGAGUCGUUUGAUGGCUCCGCCAGUCGUCCUCCUAAGAACAAUGGUAGUCAGUCUAAGCAGACAAAGGGUGGCCACAAGGGGCCGCCUAGAAAUGGAAGUUCAGGCACUCACGAGAAUCAGAACCGCCGAGGAGCUCCAAGCUCGUCCCAGGGUCCUGGCUCUUCUCGCCGACCUUCUAACAGAACACGUGGCAGUUUCCACCGAAGAAACUCCCAACGACUGCAUGCAAACCAUAAUGGUGCUGCUGCCGGUCUGUCAAAUACUAGGCAGUCGAAUGCACAUCUGUCUGAGAAAGAACGCGCAGACCUUGCUGCCGCUGGCAAGUGCUUUGUCUGUAAAGAACCUGGGCAUUUCUCACGGAACUGCCCCUCACUGAAUCGAGUACAAUCUGACCGUAAGGGUAAGGCUCCCGGAGUCGCUCUGAACCAUUUAGAACCUGGUGCAGCUGACGACGCUGAACGUCUUCGUAAUCUUGCAGAAUCUACAGCACGGAUUGAGGAGAUUGAGUUCAAUAACAUUGAACUGAGCCCACACUGCUCACCUUUCAACUCUGACAGUCAGUCGAGCAGUAUGCCUAGUCUGCGAACGGUAUCCAGCACGGAUUCUGAACCGGGUCUUGAGGAUCUGUGUAGUAAGGAUGGUCUUUCCGACACUGACAUACCUGACCUGCUAUCCAUUUCUGACUCCUUGGCCUCCGAUUCUAGCGACCCAGGUGAACGGCGGCAUGUGCAAUACUCCACCAUGGAAGACUUGCUUGCAGAGCGAGCUUCACGGGUGUUGCGGGAGCAGGCACCUUACUGUUGUGGUCCUCUGCUAGCUGAUUUCGAUGAAGACGUUCAUGGGAUGUUCACUGUUUAUAGAACGUCUGACACUCACUAUGUCAUCAUGAAUGCCUCAGUUCUCGAAGAUGUUCUCGUUGAGGCCUCAUCUUUACUGGAUCCAGCAUUUGAUCUUCCGAGGUGGUAUCAAAACCAACUGACAGAAGGAUGGCCUCUUCAUCAUGGCAGUUCUUGCUGUCAGGACCGCCCUCGUGUCGCAAUGGGCGACGCCUAUGCCUUAGGUGUGGAGGAAAUCCUUAAUAGUGGCAUUAAGGACCCUCUCGAGACACCUGGACAACGGCGAUUUGUCUGUUCUCAGCUGGCUGAUGAAUCAGUACUCACACACGAUACGCUUCUGGCUCGCACCUUUGUGAUGCCGCGAGCCAUGCUUCUUAACCCCUGGUAUGACCUAGUGAAUGCGUACUCACUUAUGGUUUGCUUGGAUGGUUUGGCUCAGUUGGCAGGAUCGCCGUUCACCUUGGAUGAUCUGGAGGGCGAGUUGGCCGAUUGGUUUUCUUCGGAUGAGUGGCUGCCGGAGUUUGACUUCAUUUCUCCGCAUCCUGUCAUUGAGCUUAAUAUGGCCGGCUCACCUGCUAUAGAGCGUAUAUCAGCCGUCCAACGGAAUGCUGCAAUUCCAAAGGACUUUCGGCGGCUUCUGCCUGAACCUGUCAUAGUCGUCAUUGAUAUUAACAGUCACCCCGCGCGGGCGUUGCUGGACAGUGGUUCCUUGUCAGACUUCAUAUCUGCGAAGUUAGUUCAUCAGCUUGGUAUCAAACCGGUUGAACUCGCGAAACCGUUACCUGUUCACUUAGCGGUGCAGGGCUCGCGUGCGAAGAUCUCUACUGGAUGUAAAGCGCGAAUCGCAUAUCAGUCAAUAACAGAAGAACGGUAUUUUGAUAUUAUCAACUUACUGAAUUACGAUGUGAUCUUGGGCACGCCGUUUCUGUUCCAGCACCGAGUCGUCCUCGGACUCAACCCAACGACGAUAGUCGUUGGAAGUUCGACAUCGCUUCCUAUUCAAGGGAAGAGUGUUCGGGUGCUCGAAUCGCGUGCUGCAGAUCUGUAUGACGAUAAACUAGAAUCAGCUCGUCAGCUAUUGCGGGAAUAUGCAGCUCCUAUAUGUCGAGAGGCAAGUGAUGCCCCACUGCCUCCCUUGCGUGCAAUCAACCACACAAUUCCAUUGAAAGAUCCUGCGAAGAUCUAUUCCUGGCGUCCGUCUAAAUGUCCUGAUGCUCACCGUGCGAGUUGGAUAGAGAAGCGGGAUGCUUACCUUCGCUCAGGUCAUUGGAAGAUGACCUCCGCACGCAAUACAUCGCCUAUGAUGCUGUUGACGAAACCUGGCACUGGUGUGAAUGGAAUUCCACCGCGUUUGCGUGUGGUUGCAGAUCUGCGAGAGCGAAAUGCAAAUACUCAUAAGUUGACUUCUCCUCUCCCGGAUAUGGAAGGUAUCUUGCGACGUGCAUCGUGGAAGCCUUACCGGUCUCUGAUUGACGGUAAGGAUGCGUAUGAACACAUCCGUGUCGAUCCUGAUCACGUUGAGCGUACUGCGAUGACCACGCCUGAUGGAAACAUGGUCAGUUUGGUCAUGCAACAAGGUGAUUGUAAUGCUGUUGCGACUUACCAGACAUUGAUGAACUACAUCUUUGGUGAAUACAUUGGUGUUUUCAUGGAUGUCUAUCUGGAUGACAUUGUCAUCUAUUCGGACACCCUGGAUGAUCAUAUUCAGCACGUUAAGUUGGUGAUUGAUGCUUUGCAGAAGGAGCAUCUUUACCUGAGUGCAACAAAGCUGAAUUUCUUGCCCAAAGAAAUGAAAAUCCUCGGUCGGAUAAUCGACGACCAAGGUAUUCGAAUGGAUCCUAACAAGGUUGAUUCAGUACUGAACUGGAAGGUACCUACUUCCAAGGAACUUCUUCGGGGGUUCCUUGGAUCAGUUGGAUAUCUCGCUGAUGACAUCGCGACCGUUCGAAUUCCUAUGGGUAUCCUCACUUCGUUAACAGGUGCUGAUGCAUGCUUCAAGUGGGAGUUCACUCACCAGCGUGCAUUCGAGGAAGUCAAACGUCUCGUUCACGAGCACCGUGAACACCAUCGUGUUCCCCUUGAUUACUCGCCAGGUGUGCCUCGCAUUUGGCUGGUUACUGAUGGCUCACUAGGUGGUAUUGCGGGUGUCAUCUGCCAAGGUGACAGUUGGCGUGCUGGUCGAGUCGCCGCGUUCUAUUCUGCGAAGCUGUCAUCGGCUCAGAUGAAUUACCCUGUUCAUGAAAUUGAAAUGUUAGCGGGUGUCGAGUCCAUGCUGCGACACCGCGAGAUCCUCAUAGGGUGCUCGUUUACGUGGGUCACAGACCAUAAAGGUCUUACCCACCUUCUGAAACAGAAAAACCUCUCCGGCCGGCAGGCUCGCUGGUUGGAGAAGAUUUCAGAGUUCGACUUCACCGUCGAGUACGUCCCUGGCGUUGAUAACGUUCUCGCUGAUGCCUUGUCACAUAUCUACUCUAAUGACCGCCCGGGUACUGUUCGCGCCGCAUCAGAAUACACGACGUUUGAUGAGACAAGCUUGCAACCCACCUUCCUGGAGUCUCUAUCCAUCUCUGUGCCUGUCUAUGUUGGCAUCGAGGCGCAGGCAGUACAACCCCGCCUGAGUCGUCACGGUGCUCAUGCACGGACGAUUACUGCCCCAUCUCGCAUCCCAACUACCAUCACCCCUCAGCCUGUCCCGGUGCGUGCUGCACACAAGCAGGCCCGGCGAAAUCCCUCGUCCCCUGCGAGUGUGGCAUCUGAUGGCAUCUCGCGGCCUGCUCGCAAACGCCGUGUGAAGUCGCCUCUGCUGGCAGCUGAGACUGGUCGGCCAGAGACGUCGAAGGAGUUUGCUAAAAGAAUCAAGCGUGUCGUGUUGCACGUCAAUCGUGAACAACGACAGGAGGGCGAGAGUGCAGGUGCUAGUCGGAAUACUGGGUUGGAUGACGACUCAAACGCUGACUCACCUGCACCACCUUCUUUUCCCACCAUUGUCGGCGAUGGGAAUGAGGAACUGGAGGGUGUUCCAAUAACCUCCCAGUCUAUGGAAGGGCCGUUGAUAGCGGAGGAGAGUCGGUUUCUCGAACAUAUCAGUUCCAGCUUCGAUGGGCUGGACCUUGAGCAUGUUCUCCGAGGGCGAUAUGCCGAAGAUAGAUUCUUCAGCGAAAUCUUGAAGGAACCUAAACACUUCAAGAAUUUCCUAGUGAAAAAUGAUUUAGUUCUGCUAAAGGAACGAGGCAAGUGCUUACUCUGUAUACCCGAUGUGCUUGUGAAUGGUAGAAGUGCUCGCGAAGUUGUUAUACGACACGCGCACUCUCUACUCGCUCACCUUGGGUCAUAUAAGACCCUGGGCCUGUUGCGAGAUCACGUCUGGUGGAAGACGAUGAUUUCGGAUGUUCACAAAUACUGCGAGACGUGUAUGACCUGUAAAAGAAGUAAGCCAAGUAACCAGAAGCCGUAUGGGCUUCUAAAUCCAUUACAGGUUCCAAGCGUACCUUUCGAGUCUAUUGGCAUAGACUUUGUUGGACCGUUGCCUGAAUCAAAGAACCGCGACGGUGCAUUUGACUCGAUCACUGUUGUAAUCUGUUUGCUGAUAGGGAUGGUGCAUAUGAUUCCUAGUCGCACUACCUAUACAGCAAAGAAUGUUGCUGAACUAGUGUUCAGCGAGAUCUACAAACACCAUGGUAUGCCCAAGCACAUCAUUAGCGAUCAAGACGUGCUCUUUACUAGCACUUUUUGGACUCACCUCCACAAGCUAGUCGGUGUGGAAUUGCGAAUGUCGAGUGCAUAUCACCCAGAGUCAGACGGUUCGACAGAGCGUGCGAAUCACACUGUAACGCAAAUGCUGCGACAGUGCAUUGGACCCAAUCAGAAGGACUGGGUCUCCAAGCUACCGGCAAUCGAAUUUGCCAUUAAUACGGCUCGUUCAGAUAGCACUGGCUAUGCACCUUUCUUUCUGAACACUGGCCGAAUGCCUCGACCGAUGAUUUGGAAUGACCCUCCAAAGGAAGAGUACCCUGCUGUGCGAGUGUAUGCUCAGAAAAUGAAAAACACCAUUAUGGCUGCUCAUGAUAGUAUUCUUGCGGCUCGUGUGAAGCAGACCCGCGACGCGAAUCGUCGCCGUCGUGCUUCUCCCUUUGAAAAGGGUGAUUUAGUGUAUUUAUCCACUAAAAAUCUAUCUCUACCUAAGGGAUUGGCGAGGAAGCUUGUACCGAAGUUCAUUGGGCCGUACCGGAUAACCGAGGACUUCAAGAACAAUUCCUAUCGGAUUGCGUUACCACCCAAUUUGAAAAGGCGAGGUAUCCACGAUGUCUUCCACUCUUCACUCCUGCGAAUCCAUAUUCCGAAUGAUGACCGUCUCUUUCCGGGACGUCUUGACAGCCAGGUCACAGAACUAGAGGAUCAAGAGGAAGAAUGGUCAGUAGACAAGAUUAUCUCUCAUACUGGUACAGGGAAGGACAGUACCUUUGAGGUGCUGUGGAAAUCCGGUGAUCGAACGUGGGUCCCUUAUUCCACAAUCGCCCACCUGGAUGCUCUUACUGCUUACCUAGAGCUCUUGGGUGUCGAAUCGGCUGAAGAAAUUCCCAACGGAUCCGGGACACCGCCCACCGAUGAUCCUCAGGUGUUUUUGGGCACCUUAAAUUUUCAUAACCACCACCAGAUGCCUAUAAAGCAGCACCAACGACAAUGCCAUUACUCGUCGACUCUUUCCUGUCCACACUCUACAAACUACUUACCUCCUCGUGCUCGCGCCAUCGCACUCGCCACCCCCUUUAAUCAUAUCCUGCUCUCUUUUCUAAUGUCGACCAACUUCCAAAAUGACAACGUUACCAUCUUGUUUGGGUCGAAUGACCUCCUCGCUCAUGACCCUGAAGACUUACUCACGUACCAUAUUCCCAAUGCUCUCGCACGCUCCUACGUUUCAUUCGAUGACCAGCUCCGUCGUGGCAAAUUCAAGUCCGGGCUUGACUCCAUUCCUAUGGGCUACUUCCUCUUCAUGCGGAUCUUCAAUGCCGGAUCUGGCCCGAAGUGUCCUUACGAUUUCGCCACCAUCGACUUUACCGAGCGACUCGCCACCUACGAGAAGAAACCUAUUCCCGUCAAUUUACUGGCUCCCAAGCCUCUGGAGUCCAAGGGCGGACCUCGUAACUGGGACACUACCACUAUCGAAGGAGCAGUUGCUUUCACUGCUAAUUAUGCUCUGCGCGAGAAAGCCAAGCAGGAGACCGCUAAGCAGGAGCGUCUGAAGCAAAAGACCAUUCGCGAGGGUCUUUUCCGUUUCCAACAACCUACCGGUCGCGACAGUCAACCCCCAGCUAUCGAGACACGUGGCACGAUGGAGGACUUCCAGCAGGGAAGUAGUUCUGGACACCGUAACUGUCGUCAACGUCGUCGUCAUCGUCGUUCCCCCGUAACCUCACGUUCACGCACCGUCGCACGCUCUCAUUCUCGCGCUCGUUCCCAAUCUCCCGUUCGGCCUCGGACAGCUUCACCUAUUGAUGGUGAAGGUGAGCUCGAUGUGGAGGGCGAGCCUGAUUUGGAGAUGGAAACUCCUACCGUUGAUGAGGCACCUUCAGCAGCCACUACUAGCGGGAAAGGCAAGGAGGUGGCGAGGGGCGAGGACGUUGCUGUUACGAUCACUUUCAUUUCGGAUCUACGAACACACCUUUCCCUCUCGUUAUUCAUUUGUAACCACUUAUUAAAACCUACCCAAACACAUUCAUUGAUCCAUGCUCGAACCUGACCGAUGCCAUAAGUACAUACGAACACAUUGUUAUCACAUGUAUUUAGAUAAUAGUUGUAUAUAUACACCAGACGAACUUCGGAUUAACUCCAAGUUUCGAAUGGUUUUACCUGCUCAUUUCUAAAUUGAUUUGAGUC